AUGCCAGAACCAGCAAAGGUUCAAUUUCCGCAGAGUUUCCCUUCGAACAACACAUUUUAUACGGGGUUCGAUAAAGAAUGGGGAACCUAUAAUGAAGAUGACGGGGGGUUUGGAGAUUUAAAGAAGAAUUUGGGGGCUGUAUUAGGAACGUACACUGGAGUUUCCGAUAAAACUGAUAAGGCCAUGAAGGCUUAUUGUUAUGCAUCCACAUUGAAAGAGAGCGGGGCAUACGAUAAUAUACCUUGCCAUUUCCUGUACUACUGGUUAGGAAGUAUAUUACCUAGGAGUGCCAUGUAUGAUGGUCAAUUCAAGAGUCAUAUAAAUACUAUUUGUACAUAUAUAAACGAAGCGCAUGAAGGAAAGAGGUGUAAACUAAUUCUCUCGGAGAACUUUGACAGGAAUAUUUUCACCCACAGGAAAACAAUAUUCGAUUAUUCCUUUGACUAUAAUGCCAUAGAAGGGGAUUUAUUGGCAGGUACGGCCCACUGUGGACCGCAGUGGAAGGAAUACCGCCAAAAAGUUAUUGAAUCAUGUGGGCUUGUAAGGCCACGUUGCGGAAAACGGGAAAGUAGUGGUACCACUGAUCCAUACUGUACUGAAUUUAAGCGGAAUUACCAAGUAUACUGCGAUAUAGCAGAACGGCUGAAUGAAGAAUGUACCCGACAAGAUACAGAAAAACUCACUUUUGAGCCAGAAUCACAUCCAUCCACCAUAACAGAACAAGACCUACGUUUUGCCACCAUCACCACUGCCCUUUCUUCCAUCUUCGGAACCUUAGCAACAAUAAGUGCCCCUUACCUUUUAUAUAAGUAUAAACCAUGGUCUUCUUGGUUCGGUAAUCAUUCUGGAGGAAGGAGCAGAAAAAAAAGAACAACUGGACAUCACUUUGAUGCGUCCACCGAGGACAAUUUAUCAGAAUACACUACCGAUAAUUCCACCACUGUACGUUCUGCUGCGUACACUACACCGUCUACCAGAGGAGGAGGAGGGACAUCGGCUAGAAGAACAAAUAAUACACAGAGUCGCGGGAUGGUAGGUUAUCAGAACGUGUAA